AUGUUUAGUGUGUGCUGGCAGUGGUGCACUCGACGCUUGCGUGCCUUGGCGGAUUUGGAGGUGGUGGAGGAGGAGGCGGAUGUUGUCCUCCAGCUCAGACCGGAUGCAGUAGCCCUUGUGGAGGCGGAAUCUCUUCCGGCCCGGUCUCCGGCUACGCAGCAGCCCCUCCCCCAGCAUCUGGCUACGCGGGGCAGCGGCUACCAAUCGGACUACGGUAGUCAGUCCAUCCCACAGGCCCCUCAGCCAGCCGGCGGACAAUAUGGACAAGCCGGAGCUGGAGGAUACGCCGGACCGGGGCAGAUUGCCGGAAUCGAUGCCGGUGCUCAGGGCGCCGGAUACUCGAAUGGAGGCGCGGUGGCUGGAGGAAGCGAUUUUGCAGCCGUCGGUGGAAAUGGCGGUGGGGCGAUCAAUGUGGCCCCAUCGAGCUUCACGAAUCAGCAGCAGACGGCUGAAUAUGGGCAGCAGGGAGGAUCGGCAUUCCCGCAAGGAGCACAGCACCACAGCGGCCCGGUCAGCGUGAAUUCCCUAGCCCCAGCCGGUCAAAAGAGCACCGAAGUGAGCGCCGCCGGCUACCAGGGAGGCUCGGAGACGUCACAACAGACCCAAACCAGCCAAACUGAGAAUGAGCAAGAGACUGAGGAUGAGGAGGAGGAGGACCACGAUAUGGUUGGUGGAGGAGGUGGCGGAUCCGUUGGCGGAGCUGGCGGAAGCACUUCCGGCACCGGCUCGAGCACCGAUACAGCGUACCAAGGCAACGCUGGUGAUGAUGACACCCCUGUGCCGGCCACUAAAACCUCGUCGACUAACUACGCCCCAGCACCUAAUACCGGUGCCGGUGAGGACACGGCCAGCAACGACAAGGGCAGCGAGUACGACGAUACUGAUGACGGAACCGAGCAGCAGACCGGCGAACAGGCCACCGAUUACGAUUGUAAUUUUUAUGCAGCGUUUAAGGGCGGUGAAAGGAGAAUCCAUAAGAUACCU